AUGAAGCGGCCGCGCCCGGACGCAAGCAUGACCGAGUUUGCGCGUGCGCACCCUGAAGUCGAGUACGCGCUGCAGCUGCACGCAUCGCAUCGUCGCGCCAAGGCCAAGCUGCCAUCGGCCAAGAAGACCGAGACCAACCAGGCCAAUGAGCGUACUUUGCGCCUGGCCAACGACAGCGUCCACGUCUCGUUUCCCAAGGCCCCGCGCUUCCGUGGCCGGCUUCCGGACGCGAUACCCCGUCCUGUCGGCAGCGCCAAGCGGCAACGCAGCCAGAUCCACGCCGGCAUCUAUGUCCUUCGCAACACCCGCACGGGCCACGCCUUCUUUGGCUCGACGUGGGAUUUGGAGAACGCCAAGAGCCAAAACUACCAAGACCUUCUCGACGGCAAGCACGUCAACCGAGCCAUGGUCCGCUCGAUGCGCGCGUAUGGCGACCGCGACAUUGCCUUUCAGAUCCUCCAGACUAUCCCGACGGGGAAAGAGAUCCAGUUCCGGGAGCUCGAAGACGCAUUAAGCCAGCGACUGCAGUUUUACGUGGCGCGGGCGCAGCGCACGCACGCGCGGCGCCUCUUUCGCCGGUGGCAGCAUGCGUAUUGGAGUUACGCGCUGCCGGUUUGGAGCGCCUUUGUGAAAGCCCGGCAAUCGACCGAGGCCAUGGCGGCGGCCCUCGAGCUUCAGCGACUAUGGCGCGGGCGGCGUGGGCGACGGGCCGCACACGCCCGUCGCCGGUUCGUCGCGGCGCGGCGACUGCAAGGCGUAGUGCGGGUCUUCCUCUCACGUCGAGUGCUCUUGCACCUGCGCCAAGACCGCGCGGCACGAACCCUCCAGCACACGGCCAAAGGCUUUGUCUACUGGGCAAAGUUCAAGCGCUAUCGGCGGUCGACAGCAGCCGCCGCCACGCUGCAGCGCGUUUGGCGCGGCCACGCCGGUCGGCGGCGAGCGCACGCGGCGCGCUUGCACGAGAAGAAGACCUUGGCCGCGCACGUGUUGCAGCGGAGUCUGCGGCGAUUUGCGGCCUCGUGCUUUUGGGCUGCCCGCCGUCUGCAGCAGCGCGAGACCGCGGCGGCUAUCCAGCUGCAGCGACGGUGGCGCGGCGUCUAUGGGCGUCGACGCGCCGCUUUCUAUAGCGACAAGCGGGAGCAGGUGCGGCGACUGCAUCGCGCGGCGGCCACGAUCCAAACUGCGUACUACGCCUACCACAUCAAGAAGUUCCAGUUUGCCGCGCGCUCGCUGCUGCAGCAAAAGCGCACCGCGCAAAGGCUCUCGGUCUACUGGCGCAACUUUGUCGCGCGCAAGUUUGGCUGGGCCGCGCUGCAGAUCCACUUGGAGCACAAGACGGCGACGCACCUCCAGCGCUGGCUCGUAUCCGCGUCGAACCGGCGCCGCAUUCGCCGCGGCUGCCUGCAUUGCAAGCUUACGCGUCGCGCGAUUGUCCUGCAGCGCUAUGCACGCGGGUACAUCGCCCGCCACGUGCUUCUUCCGGCCGCCAAGCGCCGCGUGGCGCUCACACACGCGGCCAAUUACAUUGGGCGGUGGUACCGCAGUCUCAAGUGGGCGCGGCUCGUCACGUUUGUGUUUCGAACGCGCGCGGCAACGACGAUUCAAGCAACGUUCCGGUCGUUCUGCGUCUAUCGGCGCUUCCAGGCGAGCAAGGUCGAGUGGCGCGAAACCCGGGCGGCGGUCAAAAUUCAAUGUCAGUUCCGCAUCCACCGCGCCAAAGUCCACUUCCGCCAGCGCAUAUACGUGCUCCGCGCUGGCGCCUGCGCCGAGUGCCGGAACGUCCUCGCAAAGCUCUACUCGAUUCCGCUCGGUCUCGAGCUCUGCGAGAGCUGCUACACCAUGAUCCUCGACGUCACGGACCUGGCGCGCGACGCCGAUCUCCCGAUACCCAUCGAACUCUAUCGGCACCAGCGCGCAAUGGCGACCAGAAUUGCUGCCGCGUACAAGGGCUACGCCGCGCGCCUCUUGCGCCGCUCGCUUGUCUGCGACAUGUGCGCCACCCGAGCGGAAGCGCGCAUCUGCCUCGAGUGUCCGCGCACGGCGUGUCACUCGUGCAUGGCGACCGUUCACGCACUGCCCUACAAUGCACAGCAUGUUGGCUGGCGCUUUGCGGACCAUGCGCGGCGCACGGCCGCGGCCACGGCGCUCCAAGCACGGGCUCGUUGUUUUCUGCAGCGAGGCACGUUGCAAGCCCGCCGCGACGCCAAGCGCUCCGCGGCUGCCACGAUACUGCAAGGGUGGUGGCGCGCACGUUACUCGCGCCACCUCGCACGGCUUUUGCAGGCAAAGAAGGUGGCCCACGACGCCUUGCGCACCGCCGCGGCAAGGACCCUCCAGCGCGUCUACCGGGGCAUGCACGGGCGCCGACGAGUGGCUCGUCGGCGCCAGCACAUUGCCGAUCAGGCCCGCUUUGACGAGGCUGUCAUCACCGUGCAAGCCCACAUGCGCGGGGCCUUGGCGCGACGCUGCGUCAACGCCGAACGUGCCCAGCGUCAAGUGAUACGGCAAGCAGGCGCGGCCUUGGCGAUUCAGUGCGCCUUCCGUCAACACGUGGCCCGACUGCAGUGUAGCCAGCGGCGCCGGUUCCUGGCGGCGCGGCGCAUCCAGAGCAUGGUGCGCGUCUACUUGGCCAAAGGCGUUCUUCUUGCGUUGCAGCUCGAGUACGAGCGCAACGUGCAAUUAGCGAUAGAGCACGUCAAGCACCGACGGAUGGUGCGCCGCGUCACGCGGAUCCAAGCCUUGUACCGCCAGCGCCGGGACUUUCGCCGCGCCGUGGCCGCUCGCCUGGGUAGAGCCCGCGACGCCCGGUGCCACUGGGAGCGCGUGUGCCAGUUUGUCGAAACGCGCAAUGCACGCCUCCUCCAACGCGCAUACCGGCGUCGCUACGCGCUCUUAAGCCGCAUGGCGACACGACUACAAGGCCUUGUCCGACGGCACUUUGCCCGACGGGACGCAGCGAUUCUUGACGCCAAGACCCAGUCGUUGCGGCGUGAGACGGCGGCGAUCACGCUGCAGUGCUUUGGCCGAAGCAUCAUGGCGAAUCGCACAGUUGCAGCGCUGCGCUUGGCAGCAGCAGCACGAGCUCAAGACGAGUGGGUCGAAUGCGUCGAUGAAACCAGCGGGUACACGUACUACUACAACACGGUGACCGCCGAGACGCGCUGGGACUGCCCGACCGAGAUGCCACUUCUGACGGACAGCAACAACGACAGCGCGCCUGUAGAGAAGGUCGGAACAGGGAGCAAGGGCGAUGGCGAUCCAGCGACGGGCGACUGGGUCGAGUGCUGGGACGAGACGCACAGUGCCUUCUACUACGUCCACUCGGUGACGGGCGAGACGUCGUGGGAAGCGCCGGCGACGUCCGAGACGGCGUACGACUGGUACUAUGACGAGAACGGACAAGUUGUCUACUACACGCCCGCCACCGACGACAACCAAACGACUGCACACUAA